AUGGCUCCUUCCGCACCCGGGACAGCCAGCAACUCGCCGGCAAAGAAGGCAUCUGCCCCCGAGAAGAAAUACAAGUGCCAAUUCUGUAAUCGCGCAUUCAGCAGAAGCGAACAUCGCAGUCGUCAUGAACGCUCCCACACAAAAGAGAGACCCUUCAAGUGCUUAAAAUGUCGCAGUACCUUUGUCCGUCGUGACCUUCUUCUGCGCCAUGAUCGAACCGUGCACGCCAAAGAUGGCGGUAUUCCUCUCGUCGCAGAGGGCCGCAGACGUGGUGGAGGGGUUCAGAAAAACUCGUCUGCCCCAGCUAAGCCGUCGGUCACCAUUGACCCGACGACCCUGGAGCAGAUUGAGGCAAGUAGCGACGGUAUGGUCGACAUUGAAACUGCAGCCAUGUUGAUGACAGAUUUCCAACAUAAGGCUGCAGCUGCGGCGACCGGUCAGGUCUCCGAACGUUCCGAAUCGCUCUCCCCAGGACGCGGUUCCUUUGAGCCCUACCUCUCCGGGAACGCCACCUUGCCCCAGAUGCCAUGGGACACCCUAGCCUCCGAACCCGGCUCGAUGCCCACCCUCGUUGACCGUCAUGGCCCCGUCGGAGACAUUCUCAUGUCCAACUCGCUCCCCAUGUCGGGACACUCCACUCCCAAUGCCCUCUCGCCGUACCCCUCGAUGACUGGCCCAGUCAGCCCUGUUAACUACCGUCGUUCACCCGGCCCCAGCCAGGCACUGACCCUUCCCAAGGCGCCCCAAAUCGCCAAUGAGAUGGAACGGAGCUACGUGGUGGACCCUUCCCCCACUAUUGCGUUGAACCGGUACUUGUCUACUUACUUCAACCUGUACCAUCCUCACUUGCCCUUCCUCCACCAGGAAUCGUUCUCACCCUCGAAAAUCUCGGCACCUUUGUUGCUCGCAGUAUUGUCGAUUGGUGCGCUCUACACCUUUGAGCGCGAGCACGCUUUCAUGCUCCACGUCGGCUCCAAGGUUCUGGUCAACCAAUUCCUGCAACAGAAGGACAACUUCGACUCUCGCCGAUGCCCCCUCUGGUUGAUGCAAGCUACCUUGUUGAACAUGGUGUUUGAGAGCUGGAGCGGUGACCCGAAGGGUCUCGAAUGGACCUGCUCAAUUAAGAGCCUGUUGGCCAAUAUGGUCGCUGGUAACCGAUACCAGAUGAAGGUGCGAGUUCAGGCUCGCCAAGGUGUACAGCCCUCCCGUGAAGAGUGGAUCGAGGACGAGUCCUGCCGCCGUACAUACUUCGCCGUGUACAUUUUCUUCGGAAUGCUGACACUCACCUUCAACCACACUCCGGCCAUGAGCUUCGACGAGUUCGACGAUUUGGAACUCCCCUCUUCCGAGUCCCUCUGGAACUUGGAUGCAGCCGACGAUGAGACCUGGCGCCGCAGCAUGGGCUCCAGCGCCCUUACCGUCCGCGAGGCCCACGACUUCUUGUUCCAAGGCGAACAGACCCGUUACAGCGCUUUCGCUACUCGUGUUCUGAUCAAUGCCUUGUUCUUGCAAGUCUGGAACCACAAGCGCAGCUUUGAGGCACUCCAAGAUGUCGUCACCGAGUACAAGUUGCGCCUGGCCCUCGAGACCUGGGAGACUUCCCUCGAGCUUUGCGAGCCCGAGACAAUUGUCGUCCCUCUCAGCACUCCCCAGAAGGGUCACCCGUUGAUCUUCAACUCCAUGGCAGUCUACCGCAACACCCGCGCCCGUCUGGAAGUUGAUCUGAAAUCCAUCCAGGAGGCUAUGCGGUACCACUCCUCCUACGAGGUCGCCGCUGCCAUGACUGUUGCCCGCGAGAAGGUCAAGCGCUCCCAGGAGAUGAACAAGGUGAUCCAGCAAUGCUUUGAGUGCAUUGAGAUCGCCGCCAUUCAGGGUAUCAACUGGGUCGCGAAGACUUCCGCCACCAACUGGAGUGUUGAGCACCCGCUCUGCGGCCUUGACUUGAUGGUCAUUCUCAGCCUGUGGCUCUACCGCCUGGAACAUGACGAUGAACCUGCCACUGAGGCCGAGCUGGCCCUUUACAACAAGGUCCGCAAUCUGUUUGACGACGAUGCCAUCGACGCAUUUGGCAAACUCAGCUCCACCGUCGCCCGUGUAUGGGGUAACAUCCUAGACGGCGUGGUUGUCUGGGGAAUCACCAAGUUGAUGGGCGAAUCUUUCAAACUCCACUCUCAGGCUCUUGUUGGAUACGAGGACUCUCUUCGUGUCGGCAAGGAUCAGCCUAUUCAUGCUGUGCCCACCAAGUCGCUUGCUAGCGUCGGCACAGCAUACUAA